AUGGCUCUGGCCCUCAGCUCCAUGAGGUUCCUCAAUUUCUUCUUGUUUCUGAUGCUGAUCACCCAGGGUGCCUUCAAGAGAAAGAAAUGUCCCCACAUCAAGCUCAAAUGUACCUUCAAAGAGAGGAACUAUUGCACCAAAGACAGCCACUGUGAAUAUAAUGAGAAAUGCUGCAUGCUUGGCUGUGGGAAGAAGUGCUACAACCCCUCUGAAGCCUUAUGUAAAUUGCCCAUGGAAAAAGGCCCCUGUGGCAUGUCAUUACUCCACUGGUGGUACAACUCCACAAGCCAGACCUGCCAGCAAUUCACCUACGGUGGCUGUUUUGGAAACAACAACAACUUUCAGACUCAGGAAAUUUGCUGGGGGAUCUGCAAAGCUUUGAGUAAGUCUGUGGGACCCUCCCAACCCUAA